UCUGAAAGACGUCCAGGAAGUCUUCUUCUGAUGGAGGACACGCUUUCAUGGUCAACAAGUCCUCUGCACACAAGAGAGUACAACCAGAGUCCAAAAAAAGGUAUCUCCAGAGCUGCAGGACCUUUCUCAACAACAACAGCUGCAGUGUGGACAGGGGCCGGACACACACAUCACAUCCAGUAGUGUGUAUUUAUGUUGGCCAGGGGAAGGGCAGCUCAGCCCCCCCACUUCUCCCAUUGGCUCCAACUUCUCCUUCACUUCUUCUCGGGCGGUCGUCGACAGGAGCACGUUCCAGAACCGACACUUUGCCACGAGUGACAGAAAAACCUUCCCUCGACACCGAGGACAGAGCCUGGCUGGGUGAGGGUCAGUCUGAAUCUCAGCUUACACAAGGUCCGGAUGGAGUCACGACAAGUGAUGGAGACCGGCCCGCUUGGGACUCGAAGUUCCAGUACGUGUUGGCCCAGGUGGGGUUCAGCGUGGGCUUAGGGAAUGUGUGGAGGUUUCCGUACCUGUGCCACCAAAAUGGAGGAGGGUCCUUCAUGGUAUUGUAUGUUUUUCUCCUCCUGAUUGUGGGCGUUCCACUGUUCUUCAUGGAGUUGGCAGCUGGGCAGUGCAUCCGACAGGGAAGCAUCGGUGUGUGGAAGCACAUCUCCCCGAAACUGGCAGGGGUUGGCUACUCCAGCUGCAUGGUCUGUUUCUACGUGGCUCUGUACUACAAUGUCAUCAUUGCAUGGAGCCUGUUCUACUUGGGAAAUUCUUUUCAGUAUCCUCUGCCGUGGGAGCAGUGUCCUCUCGAUGUAACCACUAACGACACAGUGAAAGAAUGUGCAGGCAGCUCCCCGACGUCAUAUUUCUGGUUCCGGAAAGCCCUCGACAUCACAAAUUCCAUCGAUGACUCCGGAGAGUUGAACCCCAUCAUGACGGGCUGUUUGUUGGCUGCCUGGACCAUUGUCUCUUUGGCCAUGAUCAAGGGCAUCAAGUCCUCUGCAAGGGUGAUGUACUUCUCCACAGUCUUUCCCUAUGUGGUUCUCUUCAUCUUCUUAAUCAGAGGGUUGAUGUUGGACGGUGCGAUUGAUGGAAUCACCUAUAUGUUUUACCCUAAACUGGAAAUCUGGGGUAAUGUGCAGGUGUGGCGACAGGCUGCCACACAAGUCUUCUUCGCCCUUGGUCUGGGCUACGGCUCCGUCAUUGCAUAUUCCUCCUACAAUCCAGUCAACAACAACUGCCACAGGGACGCGCUGAUGGUCUCUGGCAUCAACUUCAUGACAUCGGUGUUGGCAUCACUAGUGGUUUUUGUUGUGCUGGGUUUCCGUGCCAAGAACAUUGCACUACGCUGCGUGACUAAAAAUCUUGGUCUGCUCAGCUCCAUGGCGUCACAUGGAGCUGAAGAGCACUGGUGGCCUUGGUUCAACAUGUCAGAUCCGAGCUCUGUGUCCUUAGGGGAGUACAGAGAGUGGUACAGUCACUACAGCCCCAUUGUGGGUUCCAACAUCACUGACUGCAGUCUGGAGGAGGAGAUGAAUAAGGGUGUUGAAGGCACGGGCCUGGCGUUCAUAGCGUUCACUGAGGUGAUGGCGCUCUUCCCAGCCAGCCCCUUCUGGUCCACACUGUUCUUCCUCAUGCUGCUCAACCUGGGCCUCAGCACCAUGUUUGGGACCAUGCAGGGAAUCCUCACACCUCUCAUGGACAAUUUCAGCUUCUUGGGGCGCCACAGGACUGCACUCACUGUGUCCAGCUGUGCUCUGGGUUUCUUGAUAGGAAUGUUGUUCACCCAGCGUUCGGGGAACUACUUUGUGACGAUGUUUGAUGACUACUCUGCAACCCUCCCGUUAGUCAUCGUAGUCAUUUUUGAAACCAUAAGUGUGGCCUGGGUUUAUGGAACCGAUCGCUUCCUGGAUGAUAUUGAGGUCAUGCUCAAAUGGCGCCCUCCAGUGGUGUACAAAUAUCUUUGGAAGUAUGUGUGUUUACUGGCGAUGGUGGGUCUGCUGGCUGCCAGUUUGCUGCGCAUGAUCUUUAAAGGUCCCACAUACACUGCCUGGAAUCAAAACACAGCGUCUGAGAUGACUCUCGAGUAUCCUCGCUGGGCCCUGGCGAUGAUCGUCAUGCUCAUAGUCUUUGCUAGCCUGCCUGUGCCAAUCGGCUACAUCCAUUCCACGUGGAAAAACCGCCAGCUCAGUAACGCUCGCUCCGAAGUAGGAGGUGGCCAGGAGAUGCACCGUGAGUUGUACACCAAGUGCGACUCCAGUGACCAGCUGGACUCAAGCUCCCACCACCGAGCCCCCUCCGAGGAAGACGAGGCUCGUCCCAGGACGGCCUUCCAGACAGUGGGCGCCGACCACUACCAGCUCCUGCCCCAGCAGCUGGAGGUAGAGGAGGAUGAGGAGCAAGACACAGGAGUGUGAGCGCAGCUGAGGGAGGAGGGUGGUUUGUUUGUGAAAGAACAAAUUGUUCAUCCUCGGAAGGUGAGUUAGCGAGACCCUGGAAGAGAGAGUUGUCAAAGUGGAGGCAGGACAUUCGUAAACAGAUUUUAUCAGAGUCUUUGGGUUGUACCCUGUCAUCAUAUUCAAGCAAGCUAUGCAUUGCUGACAGGCCAAAGUUAUUUUCUUUAUAUAAGUGAAGGUACAUUACACAGUCAAAUCAAGGCUUUUUAUUUUCUUUAUUUGUGAAACAAGACCUCAGUUCCGCCUUGUUUAUCCCUCUGUUAAUUUUUUGAACCACACAAGCUGUUCAGAACAUAAAAACCAUUGUAAAUACACGACAAAGGAAGAAAACCGUACCUUUGGUGAAGCAAAGGAUUUUAUUUUAGUGGAAGAGAGAGUUGUCAAAGUGGUGGCAGGACAUUCGUAAACAGACUUUAUCAGAAAAGCCAAAGUUAUUUUAUUUAUAUAAGUGAAGGUACAUUACACAGUCAAAUCAAGGCUUUUUAUUUUCGUUGGUGAAGCAAAGGAUUUUAUUUUAGUGGAAGAGAGAGUUCUCAAAGUGGAGGGAGGACAUUCGUAAACAGAUUUUAUCAGAGUCUUUGGGUUGUACCCUGUCAUCAUAUUCAAGCAAGCUAUGCAUUGCUGACAGGCCAAAGUUAUUUUAUUUAUAUAAGUGAAGGUACAUUACACAGUCAAAUCAAGGCUUUUUAUUUUCGUUGGUGAAGCAAAGGAUUUUAUUUUAUUUUUUACAUAAGGACAUUUACCAGCUACCAGUCUGUCAAACUAUACUUUUGAUUUCACGCUGGGAUUUAAACUGAGAAAUAUGCUUCAUGCAUGAAAACAUUCUACCAUGAGAAACUGUGAUGUUUGUGUUCGUGUUGUUAAUCACGUUGUUUAUAACAUGAGAGAUGUUAAUAUGUCGGUUAAAUUUGCUCAUUUUACUUUGUAUUAAUAUCGUUUUACCUCAUAAGAGCAAUGUUUUUACACGUGUUCAUCCAGUGUCAGUUGUAGCUGUUUCAAAUCGUUCUAGACGAGGACUUGAAUAAACCUCUAGA